UAAGGAUGUAGAAAAGGAGCUUACAUGGAGAUGAACUUCAGAAUUCAUUUUUCAAACAGUAGUAACUUCCUUUCAGGUCAUAUAAACAUACAUUGAUAGAACAGCCUCACACAUGUUAUUGGCUGUUUUCUACAAUUGAAAAUAGGCCGGGUGCGGUGGCUCACGCCUGUAAUCCCAGCACUUUGGGAGGCUGAGGCGGGUGGAUCACGAGGUCAAGAGAUCGAGACCAUCCUGGUCAACAAGGUGAAAUCCCGUCUCUACUAAAAUUACAAAAAUUAGCUGGGCAUGGUGGUGUGCGCCUGUAGUCCAAGCUACUCGGGAAGCUGAGGCAGGAGAAUUGCUUGAACCCAGGAGGCGGAGGUUGAGGUGAGCCGGGAUCACGCCAUUGCACUCCAGCCUGGGUAACAAGAGCGAAACUUCGUCUGAAAAAACAAGAAAAUAGGCAUCCCAGCACUUUGGGAGGCAAAGGCAGGUAGAUCACAAGGUCAAGAGAUCAAGACCAUACUGGCCAACAUGGUGAAACCCUGUCUCUACUAAAAAAAAUACAAAAAUUAGCUGGGCAUGGUGGCAUGUGCAGGUAGUCCCAGCUACUAGGGAGGCUGAGGCAGCAUAAUUGCUUGAACCCAGGAGGUGAUAAUUGCAGUGAGCCGAGAUUUCGCCACUGUACUCCAGCCUGGCACCUGGCGACAGAGCAAGACUCUGUCUCAAAAAAAAAAAAAAAAAAAAGGAAGAAAGAAAGAAAGAAAAUAGGAUGCAGCAUUCUCAAUUCUGCCUUACUGUCUUUGAUAAUAGGAUGAAAAGAACAGAUUUGAAAGUUUGAAAGCAUCAAUUUCAGCAAUUAGAAAAUGGCAUCACUGGAAUUUACCUAAUGUUCUUUUGUAGACAAAUGCUUUUUUCAACUUGACUUGUUUCAAAAAGUAGAUGUCUCACUUGCAACCUAUGAGUGCAGCCUAUGCAUACUUAUGAGUGUAUACUGUUUAAAAGUCCUAGGAACACAACUGAUGGAUCUCGAAGGCAGAACUGGCUAUGAUGUCAUAGAUCCUUGAAGGAAACUUCUAAAAGUGGUAUCUAGUCAUAACAGAGACUAAGCAAGAAAGAUGCUUACUGAAUAAGGUGGGAUCCAACAAGAGUGUGGGUAUGGAAUGCAAUAACUUAUAAAUUACCUUUUUGCUGAGGGAGCUCAACAGAAUGGCACUUAAGAUAGGUAAAGUCUUCGACACUUGGUACAUUUGUGAUUUUUGCUCAUUACUUGAAAAUUAAUAAAUUUGAAGUCACUAGUCUUAAAGAUGGAAGAAAGUGAAGACCCUGAUAAGCCUGUCUCAGUAUGGAGGCAAGAAAUUUGAAAGAAAAGACGACUCAGCCAACAAAUGGUGGACAAAUCCCAGCAAACUGACAUAAAAGACAGGAAACACAUGGCCAUGCCACAGUCAUCUAGCCCCAAAGCUACCCAUAGUAUUGCUAAUAUUUCUGGAAGCAAAGGCAACUACCCUGCCAAUGCCUAUGAGUCUCUCAGAAUAUCUUCUGAGCUUCAGCAAACAUGGACAAAGAGAAAGCAUGGAUGGGAAAUGACUAGUAAGUCUCUCCAGACAGAUAUCAUUGUAGAAGAGAAAAAAGAAGUCAAGUUAGUUGAGGUAACUGUGGUACCUGAAGAAAAGUCAGCUGGUGUUAGAGAAGCAGGUAUUGAAUUGCCAGAGAGUGUUCAGGAAGUAAAAAUUCCACCAAACAUACCUUCAGUUCAACUAAAAAUGGACAGAUCUCAGCAGAAGAACUGUACUGGAGACUGGACCAUGAUGAACAUCCCCCACAUAGAAAAAGUGGACAAGGAACAACAGACAUUGUUUAGUGAAUCAGAAAUAGUAGUUAUUUCCAGGCCAGAUAGUUCUUUUUUUCUUUUUUUUUAAUAUUCUUUUAUAAAGUCAAAGGAAGAAGCCCUGAAACAUAAAUCCUCGGGAAAGAUUUUUGUUAGUGAACACCCUGAAUUUCAACCAGCAACAAGUAGCAAUGAAGAAAUUAGGCAGAAAAGUAUCAGCAGAACUUCAUUUACUCAGGAGACUAAGCAUGGUUUUCCGGUACUCUUAGAAGAUGAGCUUAAACAAGAAGUGACUGUACCUGUUGUACAAGAAGGUUCUGCUGCUGAAAAAGUGGCUCCUGCUGAAAUAGAGCCUCCACCAACAGAAACACUGUAGAGGAGAAAAAAGAAGUCAAUUGAAAUACAGCCUUCAUUAGUUGAAGAGUUAACUGCUGAGGCAGAGCCCAGAACCACUGAAAACAUCUAUGUCCAAGUGGAGCCACCAACAGAAGAGACCAUUGCUGCUGAGGCAGCCACUGCAGUUGCAGAGAAUUCUGUUAAAGUUCAGCCUCCACCAGCUAAAGAGGCUCCAUUAGUGGAGUUUCCUGCUGAAAUUCAGCCUCCACCAGCUGAAGAGUCUCCUUCAGUAGAACUUCCUUCUGAAAUUUGGUCUCCCUCAUCUGAAAAGGCUCCCAUUGAAGUAUGGCCUUUACCAGCUGAGGGUGCCCUUGAAGAGGCCCCAGCUAAAUUAGAGCCUACCACUGCUGAAGAAGCCCUUGCUGAAGCUCAGCCCCAAUUACUUGAAGAGGCUCCUAGAGAAGAGGCUCAGGAACAUCAGCUUGCAACAGCUGCAGAAGAGGCCUCUGCUGCGAUUCAGUUUCUAGCAGCUACAGAAGCUCCUGCAGAAGAACUUCCUGCUGACGUGCAGCCUCCACCAGCUGAGGAGGCCCCUGCUGAAGUUCAGCCUCCACCAGCUGAGGAGACUCCUGAGGAAGAGACCCUCACUGAAGUACACUCUCUCGCAGCUGAUGAGGUCCCUGCAGAAGAGGCCCCUGUUGAUGGACAUUCCCCACCCGCUGAUUUGCUUCUGACUGAGGAGUUUCCUAUAUAAGAGGCAUCUGCUGAAGGUUCACCUCCACCAUCUGAACAAACCCCUGAAAAUGAGGCUCUGGUAGCGAAUAUGUCUACUGGACUUCAGUCACCCCAGGUGGCAGGAAUUCCAGCAGUUGUUUCAGAAGAUGAUGCAAAAUUUGAAGAGGUUUUAAAAACAAAUCCUGUCCACAAAGAUUUAUCUAAUACCAACGAUGGACAGGUUUUCACUCUUGAAAUAGAAGGUGUCUUUCAUAUACAAUUUAAAAAACUAUCCUGAACUGUAGUCAGGUUGUACCUAAGCUAGCAAUCGGAAGCUAGGCGGUUCUGGAAGAACAUACUUUAGAAAAGAGUGGGCAGCUGGAAGUAGCUUUGUCAAUAAGGGAAAUUAAAGAGAACCCCAAGACUUGGAACACAGGUUGGAAAAUGAAUAAUAAAAACUGUAGCAGUAUAAAAUUACUUGUGUUACUUUCAUUCAAGUCUGUGGCAUAUAAAAUGCCUAUUUUGAAAUAAGCGUAUAAUUGAAAAAAAUUACUCAAAAUAUCCUUCCUACAAUAAACCUGUUGACACGGGUAAAGUUUACUCUGCGGCCAUCUUUUCUUUGCCGUUCCUUUAUAAGUAAAUAUCGUUUCCAGCGGAAAAGCCAGUGUCUUUUCUGCAGAUCUGUCAUCUACUUUAAAUUCCUUGAGUCUUAAUCACACAUCUAAGGUUAUGUAAUGUUCUCUUUCUCCUUAUUAUAAUUCAUCAUAUUUCUUAUUCUCUUUUCAUUUGAUUCCUUCUGAGACAAGCAUUACUUUCCUGGUUUUAGCCUGGUUGUUCUUCUUUAUCCUCUUGUAUAGUUUACAUUUCAAUGUCUGGAUAGAAAGACUUAUUUCCUUUGUAAAAGUCUUCAGUUCAGUGAAAUGAAGAUGGUCAUAGAUCAAGUACUAAAAAAAAAUGUGUAAAUAUAAAGAAAAAUAUACUUAGAUGGCCUUGAGGGCACAUUCCUGUGUUUAGUUUUAAUUUGAUUUCAACCGAGAACAUAACGAGUCCUUUGGAAGUUUGGCUUAUGCUUUUUGCUCUAUGAAUUGGUAAUGAAGAACAACUUAGAAUAAAAUCAAAUUACUGUAGUAAAAACGUUUGAAGUUCUUAAAGAGCAUCAAGAUAACAAUAAGUAUUCUAAGAUGUCUGUUAUUAAAGGACAUCUAGUUUUCCAUGGUUAUAACAACUUGGGGAAAAUAUUUU